AGCCCUUUUUCCAAACUUCAAAAGUAUAUUCCUUACUGUUUAGCAAUAGGUAUAUCUCAAUCCCACAUUGACGAAAGCAUAAAAGAAAAGAUUCUCAUCCAAUAGGAGGUGGCCCAUGAAUAUUCCUUGCCUAAUUUGACACUCCAGAACUUCAGCUGGAAAGCCCAUUUUUGAAGGAAAGCAUCCCAAACAGGUGCCUUUCUUCACCCAAGCUGCUGACAUGCAGACAUAAAAAAAAGUUGCAGCAACCUGUGACGACCAAGCCGAGCAAUGGAUAAGGUUUUCAACACACCCCUGGCUCAUCUGCUCGGUGCAUUGCUUGUUCUUCUUGCACCAAUUUUCCUUCAAGGAGUUGAAGGAACAAUUGGUGUCAAUUAUGGUACAGUUGCUGACGACCUCCCUCCGCCAGUCCAAGUUGCAAGCUUCCUCCGUGACUCCACCUUUAUUCGUCGUGUGAGGCUCUUUGACGCUAACCCAGAAAUCUUGAAAGCAUUUGCUCGCACUGGCAUUUCAGUGACUGUAAAUGUGCCCAAUGAUCUAAUUCCGCAGCUUACCAUGUUGAGUUUUGCCCAACAAUGGGUGGAAAUUAACGUCCUGCCUUACGUCCCUGCCACCAACAUAGUGAGAAUACUUGUUGGCAAUGAAGUAAUUUCAACUGCCAACAAGUUACUAAUUGUGAGCCUAGUCCCUGCUAUGGAAACCCUCCAGGCUGCCCUAGUUGAAAAGUCCUUGGACCGUCACAUCCGAAUUUCUACUCCACAUUUCCUAGGUAUACUCUCAAAUUCAAGCCCACCUUCUACUGGGAAAUUUAGACCAGGAUAUGACAUCCAUGUUCUCAAGCCAUUGCUUGAGUUCCUUAGAGCUACUAAUUCACCAUUCAUGAUAAACCCAUAUCCAUUUUUUGAUUCUUCUGAUAACACACUUGAUUAUGCACUCUUUAGGCCUAAUCCAGGGGUCUUCGACGAGACCACACAACUCACCUACACAAACAUGUUGGAUGCACAAUUAGAUGCAGUUUUUUCAGCCCUGAAGCUCCUGGAUUUCGAAGACAUUGAGAUUGUCAUAGCUGAAACUGGAUGGCCAUCAAGAGGAGAUCCAGGGCAAGCAGGAGUAGACACUGGAAUUGCAGCCGAAUACAACAAAAAGCUCAUACAACACGUGAUGUCUGGAAUUGGGACACCUCUAAUGCCCAACAGGUCAUUUGAAACCUAUAUUUUUGCGCUCUUCAACGAGGACUUAAAGCCAGGGCCAACAUGUGAAAGAAAUUUUGGGCUGUUCAAACCUGAUAUGACGCCAGUCUAUGACAUAGGAAUCGUACAUCCAAGGGUAGCUAAUGCUGCUGCCAAUACUGAUCACAGUCACACUAAUAGCAGAACCAAUUUGUUACUGCUUCUGUUAGUGUGCUUGAUGUGUUUUUGA